AUGAGUAGUCACGGUCCAGAUGACCUACAGCCAUGGUCAAUUGCAGUGACGGCCUCUAUGACUUCUCUUGCAUUUAUUUGUGUCUGCUUGCGUCUGUUGUCUCGAUAUGAGCGCAAACAGGCUCUCUGGUGGGACGAUUAUAUGAUCGUUUUCUCCAUGGUAUGGAACCUCAUAGUGGUGGUAUUUAUUUGUCUGAUGAUUCAUGCUGGCAUGGGUCUCCACGUUGCAGAGGUUGGUGUUGAGGGUGCCGUAUUGAUGGCCAAAUAUCUCGUUGCGGCCGAGGUUCUCUACGUGUACAACCUGGUCUGGACCAAGCUAUCCUUUUUAUUGAUGUACUACCGGAUUUUCCACUUCCCCUAUUUCAAGCGAUGGGCCUACAUCAUUGGCGGGUUCGUCAUUAUCUGGGUUAUCACCGUCACUUUCUUGUUUAUUUUCAUCUGUGUGCCAGUCCAGAAGCUGUGGUAUCCUGACUUACCGGGUCAUUGCAUCAACCAAAUCGGCACUUGGAUCGCCAACGCUUCAUCGACGAUUGCCACCGACUUGGUGAUUUUGAUUUUACCGAUACCCCAGAUUUGGAAAUUGCAGUUGGGUAAAGUGGAAAAGGUCGCGUUGACUUUGACAUUUUGCCUCGGGUUUUUCGUCGUUUUUGCUUCUGUCUACCGCUUCACAGUCCUGUUUUCCUACAGCGCUAAAGAUCCGACUUACACGCUCGCUCACACAGUCGGCUGGACGGUAAUUGAAAUGUCCGCAGGAAUCAUGUCAGCAUGUCUACCGACGAUGCGACCUGCACUUAUGUUCCUGGCUCGCUCGAUCGGGAUCAGGCAUCUUGUAUCGCCCUGGGGCUCUCGCAACACCACGGCCGGACUCACGGAGAACCAGGGCACUAGACCACUCGACAGCAGCAACAACCACCUACGGAAAGACAGCCAGCGCGCCUUCACACGCAUUCCCGAUGAUAAGCUGGGCGAUAGGGAUGAUUGGACUCCGGUCUCCGCAGAUGCGUCGCUGAGACCUGAUAAAUGCGCGGCGAUGGUCACCAGGGCGAUGGGCUCGAGAGGCGAUGAGGAGAGCUUGGAGGGUGAUGAGGUUCCGUUGCACAAUAUUAGAAUACAGACUGACUUCAAGCGGACGGACAAAUGAAUGGCUGUGGGUGUAUGUCGGUGACCUGACCCAUACGGGAUAGCAUUGAUACCAUGAUUUGUCAAUCCCUUGUGGAAUCUCGUCUCAUGGGGGGUAGUGCAGCUACAACGAUCUGUCCAUUGCACGAGGGCUGCCGUCUCAUAUGGGCUCCGGUGUGCGGUAACACGCCGAUUCAGCCAAUUAUCACCUAUUGCUGAUUGUAAAAAAGUGUGCACUUUUGUUCAUUUCAAUUGAUCAAUCCUUGUUGCGAAGGGACGCUAAACUAAAUUUGUGUGCGGAAAUUCCGGAGCUUGGCGCUACGCCAGGAGAUCUCGAAGUCACGGAGGCAAAUUUGUGAAUUAGGAGUCGUGCAUGGGGAUCUGCGGUUUGGGAAUAUGUUAUGGAAUGAUGAACUGCGUCGGGUCAUGAUCAUAGAUUUUCACUGGUCUCAAAUUGACCGCCGGCCAACAAGACAGCGGGUUGGAUCUUUGAAGAGACCACCCAACCUCAAUAUACAGACGCACCAGUCUAAACGGCCUCGCCUUCUCUAUACAUGAGUAUAUCCGUCGAUCAUUUUCGUAUGAUGGGAUCGCCAACACGGUUCACUUGACUCUGAUGAGCUAUGCCGAGAGAAAUCUGGCUAGGCGACAUAAAAUUGAUUAGGCUCAGCUCAUUAGACAGAUCGAGACAUUGUUAUGUGCAUUUCAUGAUCACGUAAAAUACCACAUCAUUA